AAAAAAAAAAAAAAUUUGAAAAUCAGUUUGUAGUGGUUGAAAAAAUAUACAGCCAGGAAAAAAAAAAAUCUUUCAGAAUGUAAUAUAUAAUACCACUAAAAAGAAAGAAUGUCACCAAAUUGGAGAUUCCACCAACUCACUCACGUCUCAACUUUCUUCUCCUCCAACAUCUACAACACCAUGUCCGAUGGAACAGAACCAUCCCAUCCCAUCCCCACCACCAUCGAUCCCUAUGAAAAACUUCAGAUUGUUCGCAACGCCGACGGCACGAUCACUCGAUUAUUCAAACUUCCAGAAACCCCAGCCUCAUCUGAUCCCAAUUCUCCCCUUCCAGUGUUCUCCAAGGAUAUUCCCAUCAACCAAUCAAACAAAACCUGGGCCCGGAUAUACCUACCCCGGCUUGUACUCCAUAACCCCUCCACCUCUAAGCUUCCUAUCGUAGUCGUAUUCCAUGGUGGAGGGUUUGUGUUUUUCAGUGCGGCAUCAACGUUGAUCCAUGAUUUUUGCGUCGACUUGGCCAAUGAAGUCCCCGUGAUCAUCGCAUCCGUUGAAUACCGUCUCGCUCCUGAGCAUAGACUGCCGGCGGCAUACGACGAUGGGAUGGAAGCGCUGUACUGGAUCAGGACCACCAAAGAUGAAUGGCUGAGAGAAUAUGCUGAUCUCUCAAACUGUUUCUUAAUGGGCGGCAGCGCUGGGGCAAACAUAGCCUACCACGCGGGACUACGUGCAGCCAUGGAAGUUGACAAACUGGAGCCUUUGAAGAUCAAAGGGCUGAUAUUGCAGCAACCAUUCUUCGGUGGGACCCAAAGAACUGAGUCAGAGAUGAGGCUGGUGAAUGACCCCUAUUUGCCAGUUUGUAGCAGUGAUCUGAUGUGGGAAUUGUCUUUGCCAAUCGGAGUUGACCGUGAUCACGAAUAUUGCAAUGCAACGGUGGGUGGUGGGUCUGAGGUUUUGAACCAAAUAAGGUUGCUUGGAUGGAGGAUUUUUGUAAAUGGGUGGGAUGGGGACCAAUUGAUUGAUCGGCAGACUGAGUUGGUGAAGAUGUUAGAGUCAAAGAAUGUAAAGGUGGUCGGUCACUUCCGCGAAGGAGGCUAUCACGGGGCUGAUAUGGAGCCCCCGAAUGCUAAGGCAUUGCACUUGCUUAUUAAAAGUUUCAUAUCUGAUUAUUAAUCACUCUAUGAUAUUUGCUUUGUUAGUAUUUGAUUCAGUGUGAAUUUAAGUUUUUCAUAAAUAAGCAUAAAAAUGUAUUUGAUUCGACCUUUUGUCGUUCUUCAAUCUCCUAUGUACCCCAUCAUAUUCCGAUAAAAGUACUGAUAUUAAAAUAACAAUUAACAAUACAA